AUGGCGGAAAAUUUAAAAGGCUGCAGUGUGUGUUGCAAGUCUUCUUGGAAUCAGUUGCGGGAUCUGUGCCGCCUGGCCAAGCUGUCCUGCCCUGCCCUUGGCAUCUCUAAGAGGAACCUCUAUGAUUUUGAAGUCGAGUACCUGUGUGAUUACAAGAAGAUCCGAGAAAAGGAAUAUUACCUGAAGAAGAGAAAGGCAGCACCUGCCUGCGCGCUGCUGCUGUUUCCCCUCACUGCCCAGCAUGAGAACUUCAGGAAAAAACAGAUUGAAGAAUUGAAGGGGCAAGAAGUUAGCCCUAAAGUGUACUUCAUGAAGCAGACCAUMGGGAACUCCUGUGGUACAACUGGACUGAUACAUGCAGUGGCUAAUAAUCAAGACAAGCUGGAAUUUGAGGAUGGAUCAGUCCUGAAACAGUUUCUUUCUGAAACGGAAAAGAUGUCCCCUGAAGACAGAGCAAAAUGCUUUGAAAAGAAUGAGGCCAUUCAGGCAGCCCAUGAUGCUGUGGCACAGGAAGGCCAAUGUCGGGUAGAUGACAAAGUGAAUUUUCAUUUUAUUCUGUUCAACAACGUGGAUGGCCACCUCUAUGAACUUGAUGGGCGAAUGCCGUUUCCAGUGAACCAUGGUACCAGCUCUGAGGGCUCCCUGCUUCAGGACGCUGCCAAGGUCUGCAGAGAGUUCACCGAGCGUGAGUGGGGAGAAGUACGCUUCUCUGCGGUGGCCCUCUGCAAGGCAGCCUAGUGCCCCGUGGGAGGCACCUGGCUGUUCUCCCCUCCUCCAUCCAUCGUGAAAAUACCUCCCUGCCAAGCAGUCUUCAGUGCUUCAGUCCUUGUGAAACACGGCUGUCUCCUACCACACGCUCGCUCCUCCCUCCACCACACCCRAGCACUAGCGGAGAUCUUGAGCCAAGUUGGUGUGAGCUUCAGAGGCGAAGCGUCUCCCCACUGUGUGUCUUGUUCCUUAAUAGCUUAAUGCUUUCAAUGGCAACUUUGGUUUGUGUCUGUAA